GGUGGCUGUGGCACCACAGUUUGAGCUAUGACUAAUUAGAGUUAAAAAGCAGCUGCUUCGUGUUAAGUUGAAGAGUCCAAGCUGGCCUUAGCUGAGGCCGGAGCAGACUUGUUAUGUUCCGUGGACUGGGCAAAGAGGGAGAUCCUGGAACACGCACUUGCCGUUGUGUUUGCACCAGCGCUUAAGAAAUCCUCUCACAGCGUAAGGGCUCAUCGCUGCCGCAGUGUAUUGCAGACCAGAGCGUGCCUUUCCUUCCCAGACAGAGUCUCAAAGGAAAGCUUUUCCUCUUUCCAGCUCUGAGCAUCCCCUCUUCGUAACAAACUUGAAAUGGGAGAGACCGACGGCCUGAGGCUUGUGUUCUUGCUGGGGAGAACAAGAGGUUUAGUGCCCUUGAUAUUGGAGGUUUUUCUGGGUUUUGUGUUGUGAGGCGUGCUGGGAAACCCUUAAAGAAAUGCCUUAAGUGCCCUUAGGGAUGCAGGUCUUUUCUUGGUCCCAGUUCAUUUGCCAGCAACACGACAACUGGUAGGUGCUGGGUGGGAAGCAGCCGGCCAGGAUCAGACCUGGAGCCAGAAAAGUCAAAACUAUUUUCUCAGGCAGUGGUUUCCUCCAGAGAGGGAAUCUCCUGUCUGUGCUGCAGAAAGCAUGUAGGGCUCUUGCUUUUGCCUGAUCCGAGGAAGAGGGGGACAAAGUCCUUUGGGAAAGAGACCUCUCUUGAUGGAUGUCCGAGAAGACUUUUUCCACGGUAACAUCUGAAUGGAAGGGGUUUCUGUUUCUGCGAUGUGGUGGGGAGGAGGGCGGGUGAGCUGCUGCACAGGAUCGGGGCUCUGCCUGCCUCGCAGGUGGUUUCAUCCCAACAUCAGCGGCAUUGAGGCAGAGAAGCUGCUCCUGACCAGGGGUGUCCAUGGCAGCUUUCUGGCUCGACCCAGUAAGAGCAACCCAGGAGAUUUCACUCUCUCCGUCAGAAGAAACGAUGAGGUGACGCACAUUAAGAUCCAGAACACGGGGGAUUACUAUGACCUGUACGGCGGCGAGAAGUUCGCCACGCUGGCAGAGCUGGUGCAGUACUACACCGAGCAGCAAGGGCUGCUGCGGGAGAAGAACAGCAAUGUCAUCGAGCUGAAGUACCCUCUCAACUGCCAGGACCCCACCUCGGAGAGGUGGUACCAUGGGCACCUCACCGGCAAGGAGGCAGAGAAGCUUCUGACAGAGAAAGGGAAACCAGGUAGCUUUCUGGUGCGAGAGAGCCAGAGCAAACCAGGAGACUUUGUAUUGUCGGUGCUGACGAACGAGGAUAAGAUGGAGACCGGGGACAGAAAACCGCACGUGACCCACGUGAUGAUCCACUACCAGCCAGAUGGGAAGUAUGACGUGGGGGGAGGAGAGAGGUUCGACACGCUCACAGACCUGGUGGAGCACUAUAAGAAGAACCCCAUGGUGGAGAAAUCCGGAGCUGUGGUUCAUCUGAAGCAGCCAUUCAACGCCACACGCAUCAAUGCAGCUAACAUUGAAAACAGAGUGAAGGAGCUGAACAAAAUGGCAGAUCACAGCGAGAAGGCCAAGCAAGGGUUCUGGGAAGAGUUUGAGAUGCUGCAGCAGCAAGAGUGUAAGCUCCUCUACCCCAGGAAAGAGGGACAGCGACCAGAGAACAAGGCUAAGAAUCGCUACAAGAACAUCCUUCCCUUUGAUACCACGCGGGUGGCACUCCGAGACGUCGAUGAGAGCGUGCCCGGGUCGGACUACAUCAAUGCCAACUAUAUCAAGAGCAUCCCUGAAGAUGGAAGGAGCUCUGAGCACUGCAAGAUCUACAUAGCCACCCAGGGCUGCCUGCAGACAACAGUGAAUGACUUCUGGGCCAUGGUCUACCAAGAGAACAGUCACGUCAUUGUCAUGACCACCAAGGAGGUGGAGCGAGGCAGGAACAAAUGCUUCCGUUACUGGCCAGACAAGAGUUGCACCAAGGAAUAUGGGUGCAUCUGUGUGCGGAACGUGAGCGAGCGUGAGGCCCAGGGCUACUACCUUCGGGAGCUGGAGAUCUUGCGGACUGACAGGGACGAGCGCCCGCGACUGGUGAAGCACUAUCAGUAUUUUAGCUGGCCGGACCACGGGGUGCCCAAUGAACCAGGAGGGGUUCUGAGCUUUCUGGACCAAGUGAAUCGGGCACAGCGAAGCAUUCCAGACACGGGGCCGAUCAUAGUGCACUGCAGUGCUGGAAUAGGACGUACAGGCACCAUCAUAGUGAUAGAUAUUCUGGUGGAUAUUAUUCAUAGGCAAGGUUUGGACUGCGAUAUUGACAUCCCCAAAACUAUCCAGAUGGUACGCAGGCAACGUUCAGGCAUGGUGCAGACAGAGGCGCAGUACAAGUUUGUUUACAUGGCUGUUCAGCAGUACAUUGAGGCGGAGCAGAAGAGGUUGGAAGAAGAACAGAGGAAUAAAAGGAAAGAGCGAGACUACUUGAAUAUCGGCUACGCUCCUAUGGAAAAAGGCAGAGCCAAAGGGCAGCCCCCUUCGCCACGGACCCAGUCUGCGGUUGAUGACGAGUCAGCUUCCGUCUACGAGAACCUUAACAUCAAAAGCCCAAAGGUUUCAGGGAUGAGUAAUACAGGGCGAUAAAAGAGCCGGAGGUGAGCUGUACGGAGGCUGCACAGGAUUUACAGUGUUUACGUCCAUCCUUUCCAAGUUCUGCGAUUGCGGACAACUUUUUUUGCCCACCUUGCCUUCCCUAAGCACCUUGGAUUCAGCGAGGAAGUAAGAAGCUGACUGUAAGAAGCAAGCAGAGUCUGCGCCUAAGAACAUGCCUUGACCUAACUUAUUCACGAGAAGGAUCUUCUUCCAUUCUCCCUUGUUAUCAGUAGGUUGAUAUUUAUGUGGAAGUGCCUCUGGACAUUCAUUAGGGCAUCAAGGCUCAGUUUUUGGUUUUGUUUUUGGUUUUUUUUUUAAUUUAAGAUUCUUAUUUUUUACACACAAAUUGUUAAAAGGAACAGAAAUGACUGUUUGCUUAGGAGCUUUCCCAGGGUUGCCCACUUAGGGCGUUAGUAGAAAGUUAGUACAGUUUAAUGUUUUCAUUAGGUCAAUCAUUUCUAAGCUAGAAGCGUUUUUAGACUAAAUCCUGGAGUAACUUUGCUGCCUGCGAGGGUGAGAAAUAGAGCGCGCUGCCUGGACCCAGGUAUUUGCAGCUCUGUUGAUUCUUCUUCUCAUGCUCCCUUUUGGCUGUACCGGUUCUAGAUUUCUACGCAACCCUGCCAAAGCACACCGAGCAAUCCCUGCUGCUGUAGUACAGCAGAUGCGCGUGUGUGUGUGUGUCCGAGAGCCUGCUAGCUGCUCUGCACGUGGUUUCAUAGCAGAAUUGAGAGACAGAGGUGAGCAUCUCCAUCCUUGACUGUGUGGGUCUGAAUGUUGAGCUAAGUGAAAUCCUACGUAGCUGAUGGGUGCUGAAGCCUAGGAAAGCGGCUUUCACUGUGCGCUGUGCUUUUAGCCACCCCUAGUGAGUAACAGCCUAGGAUACUAAUCUGAGCUGAACUUUUUGAGCUGGGCCCCUCCGAGCUUGAUGCAGCUCUGCCAUUACCUUGCAGCAUGACCUCUUUAUUUCCCCCCCCCCCCCGCAACUAUAUGACAAGGCAAGUGUUGUGUCUGCUGAGUUAGGGGUGUUGUAGGAGCGUUUGUGACUUGACCAGUGCCAUGAAGAUGAGCGUGUCACCGAGUGGAGUAUUCCAGCUCUGUUGAUUUAAGUCUCGACUUGUGACUGCCAGUGCUCCCUGCUCUUCCAGCCCUAAGGCCUGCCAAAGAACCCCUUCCUGCAGGAUUCAUCAGUGCCUGAAGGUGUGCUCUGUGCCAGUGCCUGAACCUCCAGAGCCCGCGUGGGGCUGGUCUUGAAGUCCUCCUAGGUCUCUGGAACUGGAUGGACUUGCUGCGUGGUUGGGGUAUUAGUGCCUGGAGUUGCCGGCUCCAAGCGUUGAGCAGAAGGGGUUGAACAAAAGCACAAUGACAUACCUUGGCUGUAUUUCCUGGCUGGUCUUUCUGGUCCCUUGUCACAGGGACAGGAGAACUGUUUAUUUUUAUUGCACUUUUAAUAAAUGUUGAAUAUUCUCAAA